UUAGUGCACGUUAGCAUCACAGUUGCAAGCGGGAAGUGGGUUGGAAAUUGCAUCACUGAUUUCAGACAAAAUGUCUUAUCAAUUGUAUAGAAAUACGACAUUAGGAAACACGCUACAAGAGAGCCUUGAUGAGUUGAUACAGUAUGGACAAAUAACGCCACAGCUUGCAAUAAAGGUGUUACUACAAUUUGACAAAGCUAUUAAUCAAGCUCUUGCAACGAGAGUUAAAUCAAGACUUACAUUUAAGGCUGGCAAAUUAAACACAUAUAGAUUUUGUGAUAAUGUGUGGACUUUUAUGCUAAAUGAUGUUGAAUUUCGUGAGGUUCAGGAGGUUGCGAUAGUAGAUAAAGUAAAAAUUGUUGCUUGCGAUGGAAAAACAUUGGAUGCAGAUGGAGCAGCAAAACGAUAACAAAUUUAGCAUUUUACAUAUGCAUGGGAAAUCUUUCUUUACACUGUUAAAAUAAUUUUGUGACGAAU